GCCUGACUCUUCCCCAUUUUGUGUUGUUUGUUUGUAAACUUGUGCUUUUCCCACUUUAACUGAUGUGUCUCUGACAGUCACAUCAGAUUGAACAUUUGUUCCACUUGCUAGGAUCUAGAACACUAAUUGGGCCUUAGUGAGGAUCUUCAGUUGAUAUCUGGCUUCUCUGCCUGCAGUACCAGCGGAGUGCAGUGUGGUAUUCUAACUUGACAUGCCUCUUUCUAAUGUGCUGCUGUGAAAUACUGAUGACUGCUUCCUCUCCUUCCUCUUCUGUCCACCAGAUUAAGCAACAAUGGCGUUUGUGAAGAGUGGCUGGCUGCUUCGUCAAAGCACUAUUUUGCGGCGCUGGAAGAAGAACUGGUUUGACCUGUGGUCUGAUGGCCGUUUGAUAUUCUAUGACGAUCAGAAUCGCCAUGAUAUAGAAGAUAAAAUCCACAUGAGAAUCCAUUGCAUCAACCUCAGAGUGGGGAAUGAAUGUCGAGAUUUCCAGCCUCCGGAGGGAAAGCAGAGAGACUGUUUACUGCAGAUUGUUUGUCGGGAUGGUAAGACCAUCAACCUCUGUGCAGAAAGUGCAGAUGACUGUUUGGCAUGGAAAAUUGCUCUUCAGGAUGCCAGAAGAAACACAGGCUACGUGGGAUCUGAUGUGAUGUAUGAUGAGACAGCAAUUUCCUCAGCCCCUCCUCCCUAUACAGCUUAUGCUACCCCAUCACCUGAGGUCUAUGGCUAUGGUCAGUACCAUGGUGCAUAUCCCACUGUGGGUCCUCACGUCUUCUAUGCCUCCACUGGACAAGCCUACCAGUAUCCAUACCACGGACCAUAUGGCCAACCCCCUGCAAACCACGUCAUCAUUCGAGAGCGUUACCGUGACAGUGAUGGAGAUCUUGCACUGGGCAUGCUUGCUGGAGCAGCAACUGGAAUGGCUCUGGGAUCAUUAUUCUGGGUCUUCUAGACUACUCAUUCCUUAUCUUUGUAGUUCCAAAACCUUUAUUGUGUGCAAUAAUAUACUGGCAAUGUUGUUUACUGUUGAACUUUCAAAAAUGCAAUAGUUAUUUUCUAGUAGUGACAUCUUAAUAACUGAUUCUUAACUGUCCAAAGGAGAGUUUAAAGGCACCAGUUGGUUGGAAAAGGCAUGUGCUGCUCUUCGAUCUUUUCUGACACAGUAGGUUCUGUAGGGGUGAGGAUCAAUAUGAGCACCAGUGUAACAUGGUCAGAGUCAGCAGUAACCUUGUGAACAUACUGCUAACAUAAACACCAGUGGAAAGAAAGGCGUUGGGUUUUUUGGGGAGGUCUAAAAUCCAGUUAAAAUAGAAGGUUUAUAGAAGACCUGAGUUAGCAUACAUAUACUGCUGGUUACUAAACAUCCCCUGGACAAACAUACAGCUCAGCAGAAACCCCUUGGCAUUAGGCAGUCUGCCAUGCUUAAGGACUUGUGGUUUUUAAGCUUGUCUGCAGACUGUAAUGCAUUUCCUUAGAUAGAAUCCUCUGCCUGUCUCUCUCACCAUCUAGGCAGAGUUGUCUGAACACGUAUGAAGUGAAUGGCUGAGAAGCAGCAGUGGUCUUUUCUUACUAUCCCAGAAACGUGAAUGACCAGUGGCAAGGAAGACCAAUAUUUGUUGUUCCAGUUCCUCCAAUCAGGGGAAAGUAAAGGAUCCUUACCUUUGCAAGGGAUCUUUUUUUUUUUUUCUGUAGAAGUCAGACUCCUCAGACACUGUAACCAACUGUGCUGCAGAGGAAGAGGCCAUUGUUGGUAUCUCUGCUCUUAAUGACUGCUGCUGCUCUGCAGAGUCUGCAGGAGAACGAACUUGAACAACUUUGUCAGAAUCCCUCUGCAUGCAGUAUUAGCCAAGAGACACAAACAGCACUAGCAGACCUUGCAGACAGGAACUUUGAAAUCAGCUGCCUUGCUAUGGCUGGGGUAGUGUCUGCCUCUUCUCAGCCUCCAAGAUGUCCUGACCCACGUUCAUUACCUGCAACUAGGUUCAAGCACAGCUGAGACUGGGUUUAUUCCAUGCACACUUCCCCCUCACCUCUCACAGGCUUCUUCUUCCCUUUCAUGAGUUAGGGAAAACACUCCAGGGAACCUGGCUGGCUCUGCUUUUAUGUCUGGUUCCUUACACAACGUGCUCCUGCAAGCUGCUGUGCUAUGGGCUGUAACCCAGAGGGCAGCUGUUGUGUGUGUUGUGGCCUGGUUCAUUAUCCUGCUGUAAUCCAUGCUGAGCUGUGCUUGGCAGAGGAAGGAAAGCUGAGAAGAAGUGCACGUGGCUUCCUUAAUCAGGUAAAAGAGGCAGGGUGCCCAAGAUGAGUUCUUUAUAGUAAGAGGUCUUAUUUUUAUACUUCCACUUUCAGCUUCCUGUGAUCAUACUGUUUUAAUGUUAAGGCUUCUUUAUAUGCUUUCACUCAGAAGGAGAUUCAUUCCUUUCAGGUUCGGAGGCUUUCAGGUAUGUCAUGAAAGAUGAAAAUAAAUGAAAAUUUGUACCCGCGUAAAUUUAUCGAUCAAGCUCUGACCUUUUUCAUUCCAUCCAAAAGUCGUUGUGGCUGUAUCCUACAUAUUUAAACAAUAGAGGUCUUGGACAAGAAUGUGGAUAGCAGCCAGGCAGAAGCAUUAAGUUCUCCUGACUCUUAGGACCAUCUCCAACAGACUGAAAUAAUGGGAAGGAAACAGACAUGUUAUCUUGGCUAUAUUACUAAAAGUGAGCCUAAUCCAGGGAAUGUGAAUUUUCUAGAAAUGCUGGCAUGGAGCCCUAUAUCAGUGUCCUUUCAGAGGUGAAUAAAAGAUGCGUAUGUUCUGCUGAUGCUGUGCCCUAAAAGGGCUUCACUUGCUGCAGGUUCAAAAAAGGAACUAAAGCAGAAGCUUCCUACUGAUAAACACGAAAGGAAUGAAUGGUGCUCUGCUUAAGUUCUCACAGAGGCCUUGUACCUUUGAGCUCAGAAGGAGGUGGUGACUGCCUGGAACUUUGGCAAAGAAACAUUUCUACAACUUUUAAGCCUUGAGAUCAUUGAUUAUAUGUCUACACUGCUGCCUAGUUGUGCUUCUAUAUAACUAGAUGCAGAAUGCUUCCAUCUCCUCCUGUGAUAUUUAGCUUGUAAGAUGGGAAGGAAAUAAACAUAAUUCUGAUUCCUUUUGAA